UUAAAUUUAAUGACCUCAGCGUUAUCCUGCUAUUUUGUGGUUGAGGUAAUUUAUAUAUACUUAAACUAUUUCAAUUAGCCAUGUAUUUAAGCGCGAAAAUCGGUUUUAAAAGAUUUGGCGCAUGUGCCUUGGGGUUUGGAGUCGGAAUCUGAGGCGAAGACAAGUCACCCCCAUUUAUCCUGGUAUAAGGGAAUUUAGUUCAGUUGACAGCGUGCGCCUACCUCGUGUCCUGCUCUUCAUUAAUAUUUCUUUAAAAUUUUUCGCCCAAAUCGAGUGAAUUAAAAUGUUGAAGAUGUGUAAAAAAUCUAACGAUAUUUCCCAAUCUGAAAAUGGCAGAAUUGGGCAACAAACAAAGUAAAAAAUUGUGUCAGUGGCACCUUUACUCCGAUGUGUGAGCCGAAAAAUCAAAAAAAUCGAUUUGUCCCCCAAUAAAAACAAAGUGCAUUAAACGGUCCUAAAGCCCGAUGAAUUUCAAAUAAACCAACUGUGCUUUAAACCGUAAAAAUUGUGUGUUGAAAACUGUAUGCUUUAAAACCGAAAAAGUCGUUAAAUUAAAUAUUAAUUGAAAAAGUAAAGUAAGAAAAAAAUCAAAAGAGCAGGCACAGCAGCUGACAUUAAAAAAAACUGAACAAAAAUCUUGAUAAACAAAUUAGAAGUGUGAUGUCAAUGAACCGAAAACUUCUGAAGAACCGAGGAAACAGAAAAAUAUAAAUAAUGGUUAUGUUUCAAAACCAAAAGCUAAAGUGCCAUUUGGCGAACGAGUGAGUGUGUCCGUCAGCCAAAGAGUAAGUCUGACAGAGACAUAGCCCGUACUGUACUGUGUAAAUAAAAGCAUUUAAAAGUUAUUAACCAUUGUUGUUGUUAUCGACUGUCGAUCCCCCCAAUUUCCGACGCAAAUAUAUCGAAAUAAUGGGUCUGCAGAUGACAGCAGCCAGUCCAAUUGCUGCUUCCAGCCUAUUAGUGUUGUUCUUGCUCACCUGGACGCCUACUAACGUCGAUGCAUCCCAUCCGCCGGAGAUCAUCAGGAAGCCGCAGAAUCAGGGCGUUCGAGUGGGCGGCGUUGCAAGUUUCUAUUGUGCGGCCCGCGGUGAUCCGCCUCCAUCGAUAGUGUGGCGCAAGAAUGGCAAAAAAGUUUCGGGAACCCAGUCUCGUUACACGGUGCUGGAACAGCCCGGCGGGAUUUCCAUACUCCGGAUUGAGCCGGUGCGGGCAGGACGCGACGAUGCCCCCUACGAAUGUGUGGCUGAGAACGGGGUGGGCGAUGCCGUUUACGCAGAUGCAACUCUAACCAUCUAUGAAGGCGAAAAAACACCCUCAGGCUUUCCGAUUAUAACCCAGGGUCCAGGCACUCGCGUCAUUGAAGUGGGUCACACGGUCCUCAUGACAUGCAAAGCCAUCGGCAAUCCCACGCCCAACAUUUACUGGAUUAAGAAUCAGACAAAGGUUGAUAUGACCAAUCCGCGCUACUCACUCAAGGACGGCUUCCUGCAAAUCGAAAACAGCCGCGAGGAGGAUCAAGGGAAGUACGAAUGUGUGGCCGAGAACUCAAUUGGCACCGAACACUCAAAGGCUACCAAUUUGUAUGUGAAAGUCCGUCGUGUUCCGCCCACUUUCUCCCGCCCUCCAGAGAGCAUCAGCGAGGUGAUGCUGGGCUCCAAUCUGAAUCUUUCCUGCAUUGCCGUCGGCUCACCCAUGCCACAUGUCAAGUGGAUGAAGGGCUUUGAAGAUCUAACACCCGAGAGUGAGAUGCCAAUCGGCCGCAAUAUCCUGCAUCUGGUUAAUAUUCAAGAGAGUGCAAAUUACACUUGCAUUGCUGCCUCCACACUAGGACAAAUUGAUUCGGUUUCGGUGGUUAAAGUGCAAUCUCUGCCCACCGCACCCACCGAUGUGCAAAUCUCCGAGGUGACCGCCACUUCGGUGCGUCUGGAGUGGUCGUACAAGGGUCCCGAGGACUUGCAGUACUACGUGAUCCAGUACAAGCCGAAGAACGCGAACCAGGCCUUCAGCGAGAUAAGCGGCAUCAUCACCAUGUACUAUGUGGUCCGUGCCCUGAGUCCCUACACCGAGUACGAGUUCUACGUGAUAGCCGUGAACAAUAUUGGACGUGGACCGCCCUCCGCCCCGGCGACAUGUACCACCGGCGAUUUCUCAUUCGGUGGCACAAAAAUGGAAAGUGCACCACGUAAUGUUCAAGUGCGCACGCUGAGCUCGUCCACCAUGGUUAUUACUUGGGAACCACCAGAGACGCCCAAUGGACAAGUGACCGGCUACAAGGUGUACUACACGACCAAUUCGAAUCAACCGGAGGCCUCUUGGAACUCGCAGAUGGUCGACAAUAGUGAGCUGACCACAGUCUCUGAGCUGACGCCCCAUGCCAUCUAUACAGUUCGGGUCCAGGCCUACACCUCGAUGGGAGCCGGUCCAAUGUCCACGCCAGUGCAAGUGAAGGCCCAGCAAGGUGUGCCAUCGCAACCGAGCAAUUUCCGGGCAACCGAUAUCGGCGAGACCGCAGUCACACUGCAAUGGACCAAGCCGACGCAUUCCAGCGAGAAUAUCGUUCAUUACGAGCUCUACUGGAAUGACACAUACGCCAAUCAGGCCCAUCACAAACGCAUUUCCAAUUCGGAGGCCUAUACUCUGGAUGGUCUAUAUCCUGAUACUCUAUACUAUAUCUGGCUGGCGGCACGAUCACAGAGGGGCGAGGGGGCCACAACACCACCCAUUCCAGUUCGCACCAAGCAAUAUGUACCAGGUGCACCGCCUCGAAAUAUCACCGCCAUAGCCACCAGCUCGACGACGAUAUCGCUGAACUGGCUGCCGCCGCCCGUCGAGCGUUCGAACGGUCGGAUCAUUUACUAUAAGGUGUUCUUCGUGGAGGUGGGUCGCGAAGACGACGAGGCCACCACGAUGACCCUCAAUAUGACCAGCAUUGUGCUGGACGAGCUGAAGCGCUGGACAGAGUACAAAAUCUGGGUGCUAGCCGGCACAUCCGUCGGCGAUGGGCCGCGAUCCCAUCCCAUCAUUUUGCGAACCCAAGAGGAUGUGCCCGGCGAUCCGCAAGAUGUUAAGGCCACUCCCCUGAACUCCACAUCGAUCCAUGUGAGCUGGAAGCCCCCACUCGAGAAGGACCGCAAUGGCAUCAUCCGAGGAUAUCACAUACAUGCCCAGGAACUACGCGAUGAGGGCAAGGGCUUCCUCAACGAACCUUUCAAGUUUGAUGUGGUGGACACGCUGGAGUUCAAUGUGACGGGUUUGCAGCCGGACACCAAGUACUCCAUCCAGGUGGCCGCACUAACCCGCAAGGGCGACGGCGACCGAAGUGCGGCGAUAGUGGUGAAAACGCCGGGAGGUGUUCCAGUCCGGCCAACAGUGAGUCUGAAGAUCAUGGAGCGGGAACCGAUCGUGUCCAUCGAACUGGAGUGGGAGCGUCCGGCGCAGACUUAUGGCGAACUGCGCGGAUACCGACUGCGCUGGGGCGUCAAGGAUCAGGCUCUCAAGGAGGAGAUGUUGUCGGGUCCGCAGAUGACCAAGAAACGCUUCGACAACUUGGAACGUGGCGUGGAGUACGAGUUCCGAGUGGCGGGUAGCAAUCAUAUCGGCAUCGGCCAGGAGACGGUGAAAAUAUUCCAGACGCCCGAAGGAACGCCCGGUGGACCGCCCUCGAACAUCACCAUUCGCUUCCAAACUCCGGAUGUGCUGUGCGUGACCUGGGAUCCGCCCACGAGGGAGCAUCGGAAUGGCUUAAUCACCCGGUACGACGUCCAGUUCCACAAGAAAAUCGACCAUGGCCUGGGAUCCGAGCGGAAUAUGACGCUUCGAAAGGCGGUGUUCACGAAUCUGGAGGAGAACACCGAGUACAUAUUCCGGGUGAGGGCCUACACCAAGCAGGGAGCCGGACCCUUCAGCGACAAGUUGAUUGUGGAGACGGAGCGCGACAUGGGACGCGCACCGAUGUCCUUGCAGGCGGAGGCCACCUCGGAGCAGACGGCGGAGAUCUGGUGGGAGCCGGUGACAAGUCGUGGCAAGUUGCUCGGCUACAAGAUCUUCUACACCAUGACCGCCGUCGAGGAUCUGGACGAUUGGCAGACGAAAACCGUUGGACUGACGGAAUCCGCUGAUUUGGUCAAUCUCGAGAAGUUUGCCCAAUAUGCCGUGGCCAUUGCGGCGAGGUUCGACAACGGAUUGGGACGCCUCAGUGAGAAGGUGACCGUACGCAUCAAGCCGGAGGAUGUGCCUCUUAAUUUGCGCGCCCACGAUGUCAGCACCCAUUCAAUGACCUUAAGUUGGUCGCCGCCCAUUCGCCUUACGCCCGUGAACUACAAGAUCAGCUUCGAUGCCAUGAAGGUGUUUGUGGACUCGCAGGGAUUCUCGCAGACCCAGAUCGUUCCCAAGCGAGAGAUCAUCCUGAAGCACUAUAUGAAGACGCACACGAUCAACGAGCUGAGUCCAUUUACCACAUACAAUGUGAACGUGAGUGCCAUUCCCUCGGACUAUUCCUACCGCCCGCCCACCAAGAUCACGGUCACCACCCAAAUGGCCGCCCCUCAGCCGAUGGUCAAGCCAGAUUUCUACGGCGUGGUUCUGGGCGAGGAGAUUCUGGUGAUACUGCCUCAGGCCUCGGAGGAAUACGGACCCAUCUCGCACUAUUAUCUGGUGGUGGUGCCGGAGGACAAGUCCAAUCUACACAAGAUUCCCGAUCAGUUCCUCACCGAUGACCUUCUGCCGGGCAGGAAUAAGCCGGAGCGUCCGAAUGCCCCCUACAUUGCGGCCAAGUUCCCGCAGCGUUCCAUACCCUUCACCUUCCACCUGGGAUCUGGUGAUGACUACCAUAACUUCACGAAUCGCAAGUUGGAGCGGGAGAAGCGCUACCGCAUCUUUGUGCGGGCGGUGGUGGACACGCCGCAGAAGCACCUCUACACCUCCAGUCCCUUCUCCGAGUUCCUCUCGCUGGACAUGAGGGAAGCGCCGCCGGGUGAACGGCCCCACCGACCCGAUCCCAACUGGCCAUCGGAGCCGGAGGUGUCGGUGAAUCGCAACAAGGACGAACCGGAGAUCCUAUGGGUGGUGCUGCCCCUGAUGGUGUCCACCUUCGUCGUGUCCACCGCCCUGAUUGUGCUCUGUGUGGUCAAGCGUCGUCGCCAGCCGUGCAAAACUCCGGACCAGGCGGCCGUGACGCGUCCUCUGAUGGCUGCCGAUUUGGGAGCCGGACCCACGCCCAGCGAUCCCGUGGACAUGCGGCGCCUCAACUUCCAGACGCCCGGAAUGAUCUCACACCCGCCCAUACCCAUCUCGGAGUUCGCCAACCACAUCGAGCGCCUCAAGACCAACGACAAUCAGAAGUUCUCGCAGGAGUACGAGAGCAUCGAGCCGGGCCAGCAGUUCACGUGGGACAACUCGAACCUGGAGCACAACAAGUCGAAGAAUCGCUAUGCCAAUGUCACCGCCUACGAUCACUCCCGUGUCCAGUUGCCGCCGGCGGAGGGCGUGGCCGGGUCGGACUACAUCAAUGCCAACUACUGCGAUGGCUAUCGGAAGCACAACGCCUACGUGGCCACCCAGGGACCGCUGCAGGAGACCUUCGUGGACUUCUGGCGCAUGUGCUGGGAGCUGAAGACGGCCACCAUUGUGAUGAUGACGCGGCUGGAGGAGCGGACGCGCAUCAAGUGCGACCAGUACUGGCCCACACGCGGAACGGAGACCUACGGCCAGAUCUUUGUGACCAUCACGGAGACGCAGGAGCUGGCCACCUACAGCAUCCGGACGUUCCAGUUGUGCCGGCAGGGAUUCAACGACCGUCGCGAGAUCAAGCAGCUGCAGUUCACCGCCUGGCCGGAUCACGGAGUGCCCGAUCAUCCGGCUCCCUUCCUGCAGUUCCUCCGCCGAUGCCGCGCUCUCACGCCGCCGGAGUCCGGACCCGUGAUCGUUCACUGCUCGGCGGGAGUGGGUCGCACCGGCUGCUACAUUGUGAUCGAUUCGAUGCUAGAGCGGAUGAAGCACGAGAAGAUAAUCGACAUCUACGGUCAUGUGACUUGCCUGCGGGCGCAGCGCAACUACAUGGUGCAGACGGAGGAUCAGUACAUCUUCAUACACGACGCCAUCCUGGAGGCCAUCAUCUGCGGGAUGACGGAGGUGCCGGCCCGCAACCUGCACACGCACCUGCAAAAGCUACUGAUCACGGAGCCUGGCGAGAGCAUCUCGGGCAUGGAGGUGGAGUUCAAGAAGCUGUCCAACGUCAAGAUGGACUCGUCCAAGUUCGUCACGGCCAAUCUGCCGUGCAACAAGCACAAGAACCGCCUGGUCCACAUUCUGCCCUACGAAUCGAGUCGCGUCUUCCUGACCCCCAUCCACGGCAUCGAGGGCAGCGACUAUGUCAACGCCAGCUUCAUCGACGGCUACCGCUACCGCUCCGCCUACAUCGCCGCCCAGGGUCCGGUGCAGGAUGCGGCCGAGGACUUUUGGCGCAUGCUCUGGGAGCACAACUCCACCAUUGUGGUCAUGCUGACCAAGCUCAAGGAAAUGGGCAGGGAGAAAUGCUUCCAGUACUGGCCUCACGAGCGAUCUGUGCGCUAUCAGUAUUAUGUCGUGGAUCCCAUUGCUGAGUACAACAUGCCGCAGUAUAAGCUGCGUGAAUUCAAGGUGACCGAUGCUCGAGAUGGGUCCUCGCGUACAGUUCGGCAGUUCCAGUUCAUCGAUUGGCCGGAGCAGGGGGUGCCCAAGUCGGGCGAAGGCUUCAUCGAUUUCAUCGGACAGGUGCACAAGACCAAGGAGCAGUUUGGCCAGGAUGGACCCAUCACCGUGCACUGUUCGGCGGGUGUGGGACGUUCGGGUGUCUUCAUUACCCUGAGCAUCGUGCUCGAGCGGAUGCAGUACGAGGGAGUGCUGGAUGUCUUCCAGACAGUGCGCAUCCUGCGCUCCCAGCGUCCGGCUAUGGUGCAAACCGAGGAUCAAUACCACUUUUGCUAUCGCGCUGCAUUGGAGUACUUGGGCUCAUUUGACAACUAUGCGAAUUGAGUGCAUUCCGAACUCUGGACGGAAUUGUUCCACCCACAGAGCUAAAAACUCAUUGACCCUGCGUUCGUUGCAUACUUAUUUCGAACUCUACGCAUAAUACGCAUUUACGAUAUACACGGAUAUCAUAACUCUAAAGUAUUAUAGCCAGCUACUGCCCACACUUACUUAAUACACCUAUACUUAUAUACGUGGAUAUUUUAGUUGAUAAGCGCAUCCCCCGCCCGCAGGUUAUGUUACCAUUACGAUCUUUUCGGGGCCCCCUCGGUCUUUUACUGCGUUUGAUUUUAAUGAUAAUGUAAACUAAAAAAGACUGUUACACGUUUAAUUAUCAGAAAUUUAUAUAUCAGCUCAUAUACACUUCUAUAUGUGCAUCAAGUAUUUGCUCGCUAACGAAGGAGGAAGUCAAUCAACUUGUUGUUCGUGGAACUGCCGCCAGAAUGGUCAUGAAAGGGGCGAACCACUGGAAACCGAUACAUAUUUGAACUAAGGACUUGGUAGCUAUUAGUCUUACCGCCUAAUGCGAAUCUCGAACGAAAGGAUAGGGUCGCAAGUAAAAGACAUUUGGAUUAAAACGCAAUCUUCUGGCGGAUUGGCAGCUAAAUCCAAUCUCCAAUAUAUUAUAAACACGUAUGAGUAAUACAAUCAAUCAAAUACUGCUAUGUUAAUCAGUUUUUAUGCCUAGGUUGUUGGAAACCAGUAUAAACAAUCCGUGCAAUUAGUCAAAAGUCUUGCAUAGUGCAUAUUUUAUAAGGCAGCUAUUUUCUAAAAUUAGUUUUCGUACACGACUUAAGUUUUGAUCUCUCCCAAAAAAAAUGACGAACUUGAAGGACUGAUCGAUGUUCGGUUCAAAGAUAAGAGACGCAGACGUAACUUCCAGCUAAUCAGCUAAUUGGAACUUUACCCUCAUUCCCACGACUUUUAUUCUGUUCUCCAGUACAUUUCUGUAUAUACCACAGUCGAUACCCAAGCUAGCCACGUAUGUAUGUGUAAUUUAGAUUGAAAAGCUAAACAAUUAUUGUACCUAAGGUGUAUGAAGGCAUAGAUAAUAACCAAGCGAACAGAUUAGAAUGAUAACUGUAGAUAUGUACUGUAGAUUAUAAUUUUUACCAUAAAUUAGAACGGCAUAAGCCAAAAUAAUGAUUAAAAGAGACAUUGGCAAUAGGUCUUAAGUACAUUAUAAUGUAUAUAACUGAUAAGCUGUUUUGCAGAACGUUUAAAUUCGGCCUCGUAUUUAUGCAUUAAUAUAUAAUAAACAAAGUUAGCAAGCAAAUGCGUAAAAGCAAACACUAAAUUAUUAGCUGAAACACAUGUUAAACAACAAUAGUCAUAUGUAAACUAAAUAUUUAUAUGAAAUAAAGGUAUUUGUUACAACAA